CGUGCUGCCAAGAUAGCAGCACCGGCGCAUACGCGUGCGUCGAUUUGCGUUUCGCUGCGAUGUAAGCAAAUCGGAGCGGCUUGUGCUUGCGCGUCGAGUGUGUUUUGGCCGGAUUUUCCUCACAACAUCGACAAAUGAGACGUGUCGAGCGACGCGAGACCAACGAGUGCUUGCUGAGAGCGCGACCGAGCGAUGAAUUAUCUGAACAAUAUAACGGCCGGCACGACGACCGCCGACCCGGGCCACCACCAGCUGAACAACGUCGAGGUCCUUUACACGAAGGUGCAGAGGAUUUACAUCAAGCCGCAGCAUAAGGAGGAACGCCAGCGGGAUCUCAGAAUCAACGUGGAGAUUCACGCUGGCAUCAGUCCGGUUUGCCGCAAGAGUCUGUGUGUCUUGCUAGCUGACGACGACGACCCUUGUUUUCUUUACUCUCUGUUCAUCACUGAAGAUGACUUUAAAGUGCUGAAAGCACAGCAGGGUCUGCUGGUUGAUUUCGAUAACUUUGCCACUCAGUUGAUAUGCCUACUGGAGCAAUGUCAAAUUCCAAGCGCAGGCUUGUCAAAGACCCCGCCAAAGUUUCUCCUGCUAUUAGCGGAGGAGUCUGGAGACUGGAACUUCAAGCUCGUGGAGACAAAUAAUUUCAAGCACCUCUGCCACUUGAGCCUGAAUAUGUCACCUGCUAGUGACUGUGAUUUGAAGACACACAUGGCGAUGAAGAUCAAGCAACUGAAGGAGAGUGCUUUGCAACAGAAUAGGGAUAUGAUUGGUUUAGAAACUAGGUUAAAUGAUCUGACGAGUAAGUUGGAGGCAAAAACAAAGGAGCUGGACCAGUUGGAGCAGAAAUAUCUGACUGAGAAAAGCCAGAUACAAAUUAAUUCGUCGCAGCAAAUAAGUAUUGAGAAAGACAGAUUGUCUCAAGCACGGCUAGAAUGGCAACGACAGAGUGAGAAGGAGAAAAUAGAGGUUGAGCACAGGCAUUCCGAAACUGUGAAGCAAUUGCACACAGAGCUUGCCGAGUUGCGAACACAGAACAUGGCGUAUAAAGAUAAGCAGUCUUUUUUAGAAGUUACCAACGCCGAGCAAAUAAAACAACUGCAGAAUCUCGAGAAGGAACUCAACAUCACGCAACGCGAUCUGACUUUACUUAAGAACCAAAAUUCGAAAUUAGAUAUGGAUUACCACGACAAGGACAAAGCCGUCAACAGCUUGCGCACCAAGGUAGCUGUGCUCGAGCAGGAGCUGAAGGACAAGAUGGUGAUCAUCAACAAACACGUGGAGAUGCUAAAAUCGGGCAAGGAGCAGAAGCAGCACUUGGAGGAUCUCUUAUCCGAGAGAGACGGUCAGCUGCAGCGCAAGCAGAACUCCUUGAAGAGUUUAAGCGACGAGUUGGUGAAGGCCAACGAGAUCCUGACCAAACUGCAAAACGAGCUCGCGUCGACCAAGUCCAAGCUGAAGCUGAGAACGAGCAUAGCGCUCGAGCAGGAGAGACUGUUGGACACCAAGCAGAAAGAGGUCGGCCAACUGGAGACGAAAAUGGAGAGUCUCGUCAGAGACGCGAAAGAUGCGAAGGGUGAGGUGGACAGUCUGAAAGAGCAGAUCAAGACGUUGCAGCACCAGCUGGAGGAGAAGGAGAAGAUCAUCAAGAACAACGACAACGUGAUCAGCUGGCUGAAUCGGAGAUUAGCGGACAAUCAGUCGCCUCUGCAAAGCGCCACCACCCCGGCUCCGGUCGCGAUCCCCACGUCCGUCCCGUUGACGUUGCCCAGGACGAACAAGCUGUUCCCCAACCGAUACGAGACGCGCACUCCUGCGCCCAGCACGACCCAGCCCAGUGCGUUAACGGGGUUACCGUUGAAAAACCCGAUCGUGCAGAAUCCGAACAUUAACCAAACCACCCGCACGUCAGCCCGAUCGAUGGGCGUCGGCGUGACGGACAGCUCGGUGGGAUUGAGCACGUUCAACAAGACCGGCCAGAUCUCGAGCACCAGCACGCCCAUGGAGCGCUUCAAUUCGUUGAACAAGCUGCCGACUGCCGGAAAUCCGCCGGGCUCGUCGUCGGUGCCGGCCAUAAUCGAGAACAACAACCCGACCGUGUCGUCGAACGGUACAAAAGCGAAGAGUACAAACGUCGGUUUGCAGGGCGGAUUGAGAAGGGCGGGUCUGUCCGACAAACCGAUCUUGCCCUCGGCGUACUUCCCGAAGACCUUGCACUGACAGCCCGACGCCUGGAUUGACGGGAUUACCAAUCGUAGGGACUAAUGACGAGCGUCGGAGCACUUUGAGGCCGGUGUUCAAGGGCGGCUCUUGCAUCUUCGGCCGCUUUGCAGCUCGAUACGCCGCAAUACGCGAUCUCGAGCGCUGACGAUCCGACUACGAACGCCGGUCUGAGAAUCAAAAUGUAGAAACGGCAAAAGCGCGACGCCGAAUUUCCUCCGCGUCCGCCGUCUUGGAGAUAGUACAAAUAGUUGCGAGAACGAUAAGUAUUAUUAUAAGACACUUUUGCCACCAAGUGAGCUUCCGAGCGGCUGUUAAUCCUACACUGCCACCGCGUCAUGAAGAUGGCGAUCUGAUUUUCUCUGUAAGAUAUAAAUUGAAGCUAACGGAUGCGUGGCGCGCGUCGAGCCGAUCUCGCUGUAUCAGUGUAGGAUUAACGAUGUAAUCCGGAAGAUGAUAGCAAUAAUAUAUAUAGCUGUAUGUGUAUAUAGCGCGGCGCACACCGAUCUCGUUGCGUAGAACCACACACAGGCGCGCGUGCACGGAGCGACCCGCGAGAAGCGGUACCGUCGGGUGAAGAGUCUCUCUCUUUGUAAAGCCGAAAAGAGUGGGUCGAAUGAUUUUUGUACGAGGCGUACCUCGCGGGGGAUUCUCUACGUGGAUUUUUCAAAUCCGUCCGCACUUUUAGCCCCGAUUCGGCUCGGCGUUAUCGCCGUAACACGACGAACGUAAUUUUUUUUGUGAUGCGCGAACAUCGCCUUGAGAAGAGAGUGUCCCGCUGAAAAUUCCAAACUUUUACAUUCAUAAUAUGACGCAUAAUAUGUACUUGUAGAUCGACAGUUUGGAUUGGCUCGCGACAUUCGUGACCCAAUUAACACGCAGCUCUAGAGCGCUCGAGCUUUCAGCUGGAUUCCCCGUUCUGUAUUUAUUUUAAGCUUAAAUUCGUCCUUCAGAGACAUUCGUACGCUGUGGACAUCUGUGCCAAAUACUGUCGAAAACGUGGGCGUGGCCUUUGUAACUGAUAAACUCUGGAGUAAUCGCUCGAAGAUCGACGUAGCACAAUUUUCCGCCGGUCUGUCUCAAUGUUUACGUUUACACUUAGCAUAACGUUGCUUAUUAGAUCUUGUAGUCACUCGUACGUUUAAGGCUAAUCACAUUCUGAUAGGUACCUGGAAAGUAAUACUAGUUCUGAAGAUUUUAUAGUAGCUGUAUAAAUAUUUUUAUAUACAAACGAGAAAAUUAUACAAAGGAAAGGAUAUAUUUGUAGAGCUCUCUAACUUUACGAUUUGCGACAGGGUCGGACGAGAGACCAUUAGACGAUUAAUAUAAAAAAAAAAAAGAGAGAGAGAGAGAGAAACGUGCCUUAUAUCACGAGGUAGACUAGAAAGUUUCGCCGUAGUCGUACGAUUCACUGUAAAUCUCAGUUCCACAUUGUAUACUCGGGCGAGGAGUGUCGCCGAUCGUAAUACCGGAUGAAAGCGUGAUCCUUGCGCGGAAUUUCCCUUUCAAAUUGUACACCGUGAAAGAAGAUGUAUGUAUACAUGUACAUGUAUUUACACACACAGAUAUUCAUAAGAGUAAAUUUAAUUCUGUCCCAGCACACGCAUGCUAACUCGCGAGAUCAUGUAAAGACGCAGCAGCAUAUUAAACAUAACGGAUAACGAUCAUAUGGUAAAUAGAUGAUUUCAUAUAUUUUACUACUUUUUGUACAUAAAAUUACAAUAAACCUGCAUAUCACAUGCAAAGACACAACGCGUGUUCGCCUAUAUGUAGAAAGCUGCCAGUCUCAUGGAGUACAAAUAUCCGUUUCUUCUCAGCCGGUCUCGCACCGCCGAGCGAGCCCCUCUUGCAAGGAUGUGAAAGGAGAGGGACAAGUCGCGAAUCACGACAAGAGGUCGCGGCGCUGAUCCGGCUGACCGUCGAAA